AUGAAACAGGUCCAGGUGGAGGAGCGGAUUUUGAAGAUGCUCAUUCCAGUUCAUCAUAACAUCAUUGACAUUGUGCCAGAAUGCAUGUCUGAAACUACAGUGAUGCUUUCUCUCCUGUUGUGUCUCUUCAUGCUAGUGUGGAACUGUAAGGUUAAAGCAUCUAUACCAGGUCCCAUUUUCUUUAUGGGUAUUGGUGCACUCCUUUCAUAUGGCAGAUUUCUAUGGACAGGAAUAGGAAAUGCAAGCAACUACUACAAUGAGAAAUAUGGAGAUAGAGUCAGAGUAUGGAUUGAUGGAAAAGAAACCUUGUUUCACUCCAGAUCCUCUGCUGUGCAUCACGUAUUGAAACAUGAAAAGUAUGCCACGCGAUUCGGAAACAAGCGUGGUCUGCAGUGUGUUGGCAUGAAUGACGGUGUUAUUUUUAACUGUAACAUUACUCUUUGGAAGAAGUUACGCUCCUAUUUUGCUAAAGCUCUUACAGGUCCAACAUUGCAGAAAGCUGUAACAGCCUGUACUGAUUCCACUACCCUACACUUGAACAAGCUCCCCGAGAUGACCAAUCACUACGGCCAGGUGGACGUCUUAAUGCUACUUAGACUGAUCACUGUGAAUGUCUCCAACAGGCUAUUUCUGAAUGUUCCAAUGGACGAAAAGGAAGUGGUGUCUAAAAUACAGCAGUACUUUGACAUCUGGCAAGCACUACUUUUAAAGCCAGACAUUUUCUUCAUGUUCAAAUGGAUGUAUCAAAGACAUGAGGCUGCUGCACAGGAAUUACCAAAAGCUAUUGAUAAGCUCAUUGAGAAAAAGCGAAAGGCACUUCUAGAAGCUGAGAAAUUGGAGGAUUACAUUGAUUUCACAUCAGAAUUAAUAUUUGCUCAGAGUCACGGGGAGCUGUCUGCUGACAACGUGAAGCAAUGUGUGCUGGAGAUGCUGAUAGCUGCACCCGACACCAUGUCGGUCACUUUGUUGUACAUGCUAAUGCUUAUUGCCCAACACCCCGAGGUUGAGAGGAAACUGCUGGAGGAAAUUGACACUGUUAUAGGGGAAAAAGAAAUACAAAACAGAGACUUGCAGAAUUUAAAGGUCUUGGAAAGCUUCAUCAAUGAGAGCCUGAGAUUCCAUCCAGUGGUGGAAUUCUCCAUGCGCAGAGCCAUUGAAGAUGAUGUCAUUGAAGGCUACACUGUGAGAAAGGGAACAAACAUCAUCCUGAACAUGGGUUGGAUGCAUACAAUGGAAUUCUUUCUCAAACCACAUGAGUUCAGCCUGGAUAACUUUCACAGAACUGUUCCCAGUCGGUUCUUCCAGCCGUUCGGGUCUGGCCCUCGGUCCUGUAUAGGGAAGCACACAGCCCUGGCGAUGAUGAAAGUGAUCCUGGUUACCCUUCUGAAGAGAUACACUGUCCAGCUUCAGACAGGAUGUUCUUUAAAAACCAUGAAAACCAGCAAUGAUCUGUCUCAGCACCCCAUCGAGACUCAAAACAAGCUGGACAUGAUUAUUAUUCCCAGACAAAAAACAGAGUAAUGUUACUGUACAUUAAACUGAAAAUUGCAAGACACAAUCUUUUAUUUUCCUAUUGUUUGUUUGAUAUCACACUUUAAUCUAGGAAUGAGGUGUAGCACUAGUUAACCUGGCUGUGCAGAGUGUUGGGUUUGCUUAAUUAAAAU